AUUUUCACGAUGGAAAGCUUAAAAACUCACAGCGAGCAGGAAGUGACGGGCGUCGUGUCGCGCAGUGGACGUGUUUGUAAGAAACCCACCAAACUAAUGGACUUUCAAUCGCCGGAUGAUAUUGAAGCGAAGCAAAAGAAACUGCCAAGUACUACGGUUCGGAAUUCGGCUAAACUUUCCUCCUCACAGGAGGAUGUACACACGGAAUCGGAUGAGCAUGAUGAUGAGUCCCACUCGAACGGAUCGAGCGGAAGCGAAUCGUACAGCAGUGAUGAGGAUACGAUGGAGGUGGACGAUGGGUACACCCCGAUAGAUGAUGGCGACAAGAGCGAGGGCGAUCUAGUGAUUGAUUCUGCAACGAAGAAAAAGGCAGCGAAAAAGAGAAACGAUAAAAGUAAACGCUCCAGUCGUGGGUCAAAAACGGGAAACAGAACCACUACCAAGCGUAGGAAAGCGAGUAAACGUACAAAACCAACGCACACCAACUCGAUCGCUCACAGAAAGAAGGAAAAGUCUGUUCCGGCAAAGCCUACCGCCGGUUGCAUGCCAACCGAUGUAGCAGCACAUCUUAGCCUGCUGGGUGACAGUUUAACGAUUAUUGGCGAGCGAUUAAAGGAACACGAAGGACAAAUAACAGUUUCCGGCAGUUUGUCGGUACUAUUGGACAGUUUAAUUUGUUCGCUAGGCCCACUGAUGUGUCUGACGCUUCAAAUACCGGGAUUAGACCGUAAUUCCGACCAUCUGCGGGAACUGUUCCGAACCACGCUGGAUAAUAUUGCCUACGUCAUGCCCGGUUUAUAGUUGG